AUGAGGCUCUUAAAGGUUGCCACAUGCAGUCUCAACCAAUGGGCGAUGGACUUCGAUUGCAACUCAAAGCAAAUCAAGGAGUCCAUAGCCAAGGCUAAAGAAGCCGGCGCCGCCGUUAGGCUCGGUCCCGAACUCGAGAUUCCUGGUUAUGGCUGCGAAGACCACUUCUUAGAACUCGACACAGUUAACCAUUCAUGGGAGUGCUUGAAAGAUUUGCUGCUUGGAGAUUGGACUGAUGGCAUUCUGUGUAGCUUCGGCAUGCCGAUUAUCAAAGGUUCGGAGCGCUACAAUUGUCAGGUCUUAUGUCUGAAUGGGAAGAUUAUCAUGAUACGACCGAAGAUGUGCCUUGCCAAUGAUGGCAAUUAUAGAGAACUUCGAUGGUUCACAGCUUGGAAGCAAAAAGAUCAGCUUAUGGAUUUUCAGUUGCCCUUGGAAAUUUCUCAGGCUUUAGGCCAGAAAUCGGUUCCGUUCGGUUAUGGGUUCAUGAAGUUUCAAGACACAGCUAUAGCUGCUGAAGUUUGUGAAGAGCUUUUUACACCAGAUCCUCCUCAUUCUGAGCUUGCAUUGAACGGAGUUGAAGUGAUUAUGAAUGCAAGUGGAAGUCACCACCAACUUAGGAAGCUUGACGUUCGUGUUCAUGCUUUAAUAGGUGCCACUCAUACUCGCGGAGGGGUGUACAUGUAUAGUAAUCAACAAGGCUGUGAUGGCAGUCGCCUUUACUAUGAUGGCUGUGCCUGUGUUGUGGUAAAUGGAGAUGUCGUUGCUCAGGGUUCACAAUUUUCUUUGAAGGAUGUUGAGGUUGUGGUUGCUCAGAUAGAUCUAGAUGUGGUUGCAAGCCUUAGAGGAUCUUUAAGCAGCUUCCAAGAGCAAGCAAGUUGUAAAACGAAGGUUCCUUCAGUGGAAGUACCUUACAGUCUCUGUCUUCCCUUUAACCUUAAAAUAUGCCUAUCUCUCCCACUUAAGAUAAAGUAUCACACUCCUGAAGAGGAAAUAGCAUUUGGACCUGGUUGCUGGUUAUGGGACUACCUAAGAAGAAGUGGAGCAUCUGGUUUUCUGCUUCCUCUUUCUGGUGGAGCAGACAGUUCCUCUGUUGCUGCAAUUGUUGGGUGCAUGUGCCAGCUGGUUGUGAAAGAAAUUGCAAAUGGGGAUGAGCAAGUUAAAGCUGACGCAAUACGUAUAGGGAACUAUAAGGAUGGCGAGUAUCCUACAGACAGCAGAGAAUUUGCUAAAAGAAUAUUCUAUACCGUGUACAUGGGAUCUGAAAACAGUUCAGAAAUGACUAAGUUGCGAGCCAAGUUGUUGGCUGAUGAAAUUGGUUCAUGGCAUCUUGAUGUUAGCAUUGAUGUAGUUGUGUCUGCCUUUUUGUCAUUGUUCCAAACACUUACUGGAAAACGACCACGGUAUAAGGUUGAUGGUGGAUCUAAUGUUGAGAAUUUAAGCUUGCAGAACAUUCAAGCUCGAAUCAGAAUGGUGCUAGCUUUCAUGUUAGCAUCACUCUUACCUUGGGUUCACAGCAAACCUGGAUUUUAUCUUGUCUUAGGGAGCUCUAAUGUGGAUGAAGCAUUGCGCGGUUACUUGACCAAGUACGAUUGCAGCGCAGCAGAUAUAAAUCCUAUUGGUAGUAUAAGUAAGCAGGACCUUCGGGUAUUCCUGCGAUGGGCAGCCACCCAUCUUGGUUUCUCAUCUUUGGCAGAUAUUGAAGCAGCUCCACCCACAGCUGAACUGGAGCCUAUACGGUCUAAUUACAGUCAGCUUGAUGAAGUCGAUAUGGGAAUGACUUACGAGGAACUAUCAGUUUAUGGAAGACUGCGGAAAAUUUUCCGUUGCGGACCAGUUUCCAUGUUCCAGAAUCUAUGCUAUAGAUGGAGUGCAAGAUUGACUCCAUCACAAGUGGCUGAAAAAGUCAAACACUUCUUCAAGUAUUAUUCUAUCAAUAGACACAAAAUGACGGUCUUGACACCUUCCUACCAUGCUGAGAGUUAUUCACCAGAGGAUAAUAGGUUUGAUCUUCGCCAGUUUCUCUACAAUGCAAGAUGGCCAUAUCAAUUUAGGAAAAUUGAUGAAAUUGUGAGUGAAUUGGAUGUUAAAGGUGCUAAAGAUUAUGCAGUUCAUGACACAGUGACAGCUACAUCAAAUGGUGUUGGUGGGAUGGGAGUUGCUUCAGCUGGUUCAGGAAAUCCGAAAGCUGGAUUCUAA